AUGGCUGCUUGGAAUACUGGUCUAUUUGAUUGCUGCAGUGAUGGUGGCAUUUGUCUUUAUGGUUGGUGCUGCGCACCUUGUCUGUAUGGAGAAAAUGCUGAAAAAAUCGAUGGCAGUAGUUGUUUCGGUUCAUGCUGUAUAUGGUACUUGCUUGCACAAUGCAGUUUAUGUUGUUUAGUACACAUGGGCAAACGACAAACAUUACGCGAUCGUUUUGGUCUUGCAGAAGAUUGUAGCGAUUGUGUAGCAACAACAUUUUGUGCUCCAUGUGCGAUUUGUCAAGAAGCGCGCGAACUUAAAUUUCGUUCAGCUGCUCAUGGAGGACCCGCACCAGUUGUAACACAACCGAUGGGCGCACCUAUGUAUUCACCAUAUGGACAACAAGGAAAUAUGCAAUCUACAUAUGAACAACCCGCAAUGAGAAAACAAUGA